AUGGGUCGAAGCGCUCCGUACACGCAUCAGCCUCUUCAGGAGGCAAGAGAGCAGAUUCGCCUGGUUAUGAUCGAACGCGCACGAUUCAAUGAGCCCUUGACUGUCCAUCUUCAGAUAUUCGACAUCAACAACGCACCCAAGUACUCAGCCUUAUCGUACACGUGGGGACCAGCCAAACCAAGUUAUCUGAUCACGGUCGAUGGACGUUGGCUCGAUAUCCGGAAGAACCUCUUCCAUUUCUUGAGAGAGUUUCGACAGGAGCCGGGGCGUCCCGAAUGGCUCUGGAUCGACCAGAUCAGCAUUGACCAGACGAACGUGAAAGAGCGCAAUCACCAGGUACGCUUUAUGUCACGCAUCUAUAGUCAAUGCUAUUCGGUGACUGUCUGGCUGAAUGACGACAAUGCGCGAGAUUUUGUAUCCUUCCAGGAUCCCGCAGCUUUGGCCCAGCUUUUGCGUAACGAAUACUUCAGCCGGCUCUGGAUCGUGCAAGAAGUCCUCUUGGCGCAGCAUGUACGCUUCCUGACCCCAGGCAAUUUAUGGAUAUCCUGGGACGCUAUACAAGACACAGUCGGACGAACUGCGAAUUCAUUUUUCGCAAAAUUGGAUCUUAAUCCAUCAAGCGCGAUGUCGUUACUAGCUCUGAAUGUAGAGAGACUGCCAAGCUCGCUGGAGUGGUGCAUCCUCGAGUUCAGCGGCAACAAGUGCGAAGACCCCCGAGAUAAGGUUUACGGAUUCAUGGGUCUCGUUGAUCCCUGCUACAAUUUCGAUAUCGACUAUAGCAGAUCCAAAGUCGAUGUGUAUCGCGACGCGGUCUACUACUCCAGAAAUCGCUCUGAGGUUGCUCAGGUCCUGGGCAAAAAUAUGGGAAUUGAGGCCAUGGAGAUUGACAAGUUUUUGGGGCACGUUGAGCAUGUUGAGUUUCCGUUGACUUUGUCGAAUCCGUCGCUUCGCGAAGGCAGUAUCUCGAAGACCAAAGGUGUCUAUGGACCGCGACGAAGUGUUGUACUGGAGCCGUUGCCACGCACGACAGGGGUAUUAUCGCUGAACUCGAAAGUCAACGACGUGGUGCAGUCGAUAGCACCGAUUACCAGAAGCGACUCUCUUCUUACACAGCAAGAGAAGGCUCGACGGAAGUUUGUGCACCGGAAAGGUGCAGUGUCUAUUGGUGACGGGUCGCUCCAUGGCUCUUUGGCAUCGUUGGCGCACAAAACCUGGACAAAGCUCAGUCUGAAUAAGAUUCCAGCCAUCAAUGCUGGAUAG